AUGAUAUUCAAGCGACCAGAUGCUCGCUUGAAACACUACCGGAGACGACACGCCAAUUUAUCGCAGAUGGCACCACCGAAAGAACGAGAGGUGCAUUCCAAUCAGAAAGAGAUACACGAAGCCACGAUAGAAAGGUGGCGGAGCAUCUCCGCCGAACAUACUGGCAUAGGUGGAGACGUCGGUUCCCGAUCAAACCCCGCUAUACACAUCAACGUCACGAAGCGUGUUCCCAACUUUCUCCAUCCGGAGUAUCAUAAAGAGUCUGAGGCUGACGGGAGCAUAUCCAAUGAUGAUCCGAUAUACAGUACAGUCACAAGUCAAACGAGCGAUCCUGAUGAGGCUGGCAUGUGGAGGACGUGUGAUAGCGACAUGGACUCGGGGACUGAAGAGCGCGUGAUACUGAAGAAAGAGCCCGAAGAACUCGGCACAUUACUCAAUUCCAUCGGAAAACUGCACAUCCAGUGUUGGAACAACAGCACUCAUUACGAGAGCCAUGGUGAUGGCGCACAAGAUGGUCACCACACAACAACGAACCAAAACUAUGACAUUGGACAAGAGGGAAAUAAUGCUACCGCUUCGCAGAGUUCUGCCCCGUUUAAAUGUCCCAUAAGAAGGAAAUUUGGAGAAGAUGAAGAUGAAGAGGACAAGAAAGGCAAGAAGAGAAGAGUGAAACAUGUCCCAAUUGCUGGCGAGGUUAUGGAAGGACUACUCGCCUGUCCGUUUCCAAAGCGCGAUCCGUUCAGUUAUUCCAAUUGCUGGACUUAUGCGACAGAUAACAUACCUCAUCUCAAACAACAUCUGAAGCGAGAUCAUCUGACUCCUGUGCAUUGUCCGAAUUGCGGACAACUCUUCACAGGCUUGAAUAGCAACAGUGAAAAGGACAGGCAUUUCAUCCAGCAAACCUGUGUACAGGACGUCACUGUCCCUACUCGUCGGCAAGGAAUAACAGCCGACCAACAGAAGCAGAUCUGGAGGAACAAGCCCAGGAGCAUGGAUGAUGAUCAGUACUGGAACUACAUUUAUGAAGUUCUUUUCGCUUCAGAGCCACCUCUACAUCCCCGCCCCGAGGACUACGUGAAUCUGGGCUUGCAAUUACUACGUCAAAAAGUCACAAAGAACUUUUCAGGUCUGCUAGAAAACCGACCGGAGCGUGCGGACUUCAGGCUGGAUGAUCUGCACGAGAGGACUAGGCAAGAUAGCAGGUCCAAUACCCCGUCACUCCCAGAUUUACUCGACCAGGCCUUUGACAUCGCCAUCGUGCAGAGACAUACUGUGACACCACUUCUAUCUACAUUUAAGGGCUGCAGCUCGGGCGCGUCAACGCAUGCCUCAGAAUCUGGCUACGCAUCACUAGACACAAAUUCCGCGGAGGAAGACAGCGCGCCUGCUACCGGUCACACACCGCAGUCAAGGGCAUCAGAUGAGGCUUUUUACCCAACAGAAGACCUCUCGUGUCAUCCAGAGCAGUACCGUGAGUUUCUCGAAAAGGCGAACCACGCGGAGGGGGAAUCAUCGACAACACAGGACUCAGACGAGCCAGUUGAUGAUAUCUCCGACUCGUUCAAUAUCGACUUUGCGAAGGGGUUCCAAAAUGAUCUUGACGCUGGGUGGGAAUUUGGCCUGUAG